AGAGAGAGCGAAUGGGACCCAAUGCAACAAAUAAAGAGCGGUUUCACUUUGCUACGGCACAUCGAUUUCUUUUGCUUUUGAAUUCUCCAAAGGUUUCAUCUUUGUACGGUCAAAGCAAAGAAGUAGCUCAAGUAGAAGAAGCAGUUGGAGUAAUGGGUUUGAAUCUGAAUCCAAUUUUGCGACAAGAGUUGGCUAAUCUUGACAAAGACACAGAGAGUCGUAAAUCAGCAAUGAAAGCUCUUAAAUCUUAUGUGAAGGACUUGGAUUCAAAGGCUAUUCCUGGUUUUCUAGCUCAAGUUUUCGAGACUAAAGAAACCAACUCUUUGUCCGGUGAAUACACGAUUUCGCUUUAUGAAAUACUUGCUCGUGUUCAUGGACCUAACAUUGUUCCUCAGAUUGAUACAAUCAUGUCCACUAUUGUCAAGACUUUGGCUUCAAGUGCUGGUUCUUUCCCUCUUCAACAAGCUUGUUCGAAAGUUAUUCCGGCAAUUGCUCGAUAUGGGAUCGAUCCGACAUCUAAAGACGACAAGAAACGAGUUAUAAUCCACUCUUUGUGUAAGCCACUUACGGAUUCUCUACUGGCCUCUCAAGAGAGCCUUACUUCAGGGGCUGCUUUGUGUUUGAAGGCUCUUGUGGAUUGUGACAAUUGGCGAUUUGCUUCGGACGAGAUGGUGAACAGGGUUUGUCAAAAUGUGGUAGUUGCGUUGGACUCAAACUCCAACCAAACACAUCUUCAAAUGGGUCUGGUUAUGUCACUUGCCAAACAUAAUCCUUUGAUUGUUGAAGCCUAUGCAAGGUUGUUGAUACACACGGGAUUGCGGAUUCUGGGAUUUGGAGUGUCUGAAGGAAACUCGCAGAAACGGUUAUCAGCAGUCCAAAUGUUGAACUUCCUAAUGAAGUGCUUGGACCCGAGAAGCAUAUACUCCGAAGUUGAGUUAAUAAUCAAAGAAAUGGAGAGGUGUCAAUCUGAUCAAAUGGCUUAUGUUAGAGGAGCUGCUUAUGAAGCAAUGAUGACUUCAAAAAGAAUAGCGGGAGAGCUCGAGUCGAAGCUGGAGAAGGGUUGUCGUUCUGUUACUGGUUCGAAUUACACUCGAAGAAACUGUUCACCCAUUGUUAAUGGUCAUUUUCCUGAUGACUCCUUAUCACCUGAAUCACAGACUCUAGGCUCGUUCAGCGGAUAUGAUUCUCCGGUUGAGUCCUCGCCUAUUUCUCAUACUUCUUGUAACUCUGAAUUUGAUCGGCGGAGUGUGAAUCGCAAACUUUGGAGACCUAGUCAGAAUGGUGGAGGGGUUGAUAUCUCUUUAAAGGAUGGUCUUUUCUCCGGUGUAACUAAAGGAAACACCACUGUCUCUGAUUCACCUCUUGUCCCCUAUGACACUUGUGAAAAUGGAGAUGAAUUCGAAGGUUUUCUGAUGGAAAGUUUGAGAAACAGGCGGCUGCAUAACACCACUCCUAGUCCUCAGAGACAGCGUUCACGACGUAUCAAUGCUGAAGAUUUCAACAUCUUCAGCACUCCACGGAAGCUCAUCAGCUCUCUUCAAUAUCCUGAUGAUGUUGACUUAGACCAUUCAGAUAUCCAAAGUCCAAUACCGAGAAGCGGAAGAGAGAAAACCAUAGGAUCUCGCAAGAAUCCUCAAGUCAGAAAGCAAUUUUCAACCAUGGCGGAAACAAUGUCAUCAACUGUCAAAUUUAGUGGAUAUACAUCUCAAACACAGAUGAUAUCGGGUAAGAAGAAGAAGAAGAUGAGCUAUGCCAAAUUCGUGAUUGCUAUAUCAUUUGUUGUGAUGGUUCUCUUUACAACUGUGAUAUUGAUGGUGAAUCAAGAUGACGAUGUUGGUUACUACACUGUUCCUACAUGAUUCACAUCUAUUUGGUGUUAAGUUCAAUCGUAGUGUAGCAGAGAGAGUAGUUUAGCUGUUUAAUUACGUGUUAGUUGUCUGUAAUGAACUUCGUACAAGAUUUAAAAUCUUCUUCUACUUGUUCUCA